AUGAUGGGUCCUGGUCUUGGUGGGGGCUUUGGCCGCUACCAGGGAUACUUUGGCUUGGUCCUUGACAACAUACUGGAGAUGGAUGUUGUCAUUGCGGACGGCUCGAAGAUCACAGUGUCUGCCUCCUCUCAUCCAGAGCUCUUCUGGGGCAUGCGGGGCGCUGGUCACAACUUUGGCAUCGUCACUCGGUUCCAGCAGAAGAUUUUUGACAACCCCAAUUCUAAAUGGUUUUUCGCGACACUCGUUUUUCGAGCUGAUAAGCUUGAGGCACUAAUUGAGGUGCUCAAUGUCUUCGGUGCUAAUGGAACACAGCCAAAAGAGGCCACUACCUACACUCUCUUCGCUGUAAACCCUGAGAUCAGCCCCAGCGAGCCAGUAAUUAUCUUCACCCUUGAGUAUGGCGGCUCUGCAAGCAGUGCUGCGCCAAUCCUGGCUCCUUUCUACGCAAUUGAUCCAGUCAUCACAACGAACACAACCGUCCCAUACACUGAGGCAGCCCACGCUGCCGGUGCCGGCUUGGAAGACCCUCCAUGCCAGCCUUUAAGCAGCUGGAAGCUGUUUCCUGUGGGGCUGCAAACCUUCAAUAUCCGCACUACACGUGCCCUCUACGAACUCUUCUCCACAAUGAUAGCUGAGAAUCCAGCAUUCAAUAAUUCGAUAGUCCAGCUCGAAGGAUAUCCGCAGCAAGGUGUGAGAGCCGUUGACCCUGAUAGCACGGCUUAUGCCCAUCGCGACGACAUCCUGCUUGCGUCCCUUGGCGCCGUCUGGCCACCGAAUCGGCCCGAAUUGGAGAACAUAGCAGUUCAAUAUGGACACCAAGCGCGUACAUUGCUUCACGCUGGCGACACACCAGGACGUCCUCUGAAUACCUACGUGAACUAUGCGAGCAGUGACGAAACACCAGAAAUGCUGUAUGGGCACGAGCCAUGGCGGUUGAAGCGAUUAAGGGCAUUGAAACGAAAAUAUGAUCCAAAUGGUAGAUUCAAUUUCUACAACCCGAUCAUAUAA